AUGGCUCCCCUUCUCCAUCGUGAGCACCUACAACGACUGAAGCCAGUCCUACGUGCCUACGCCUUUAGCUAUGCCUUCUCGACUGGCCCUCGACUCUUUGGUCUCCUGCUUCAACCGAUUCCCAACGGCUUGCGCAUCAUAGUCGCCGGCCCGACAAUCACUACACGGAUCGUACGAGCAAUCUUGCAAUGGCUGUCCUCUGUCAUUGGUCAAAGGCUGUCCAUAUCGCGAGCAGCUUCACGGGUGAUGGUCAAUUUGCGCUUCAUCUGCACAUUCUUUUCGGCAUGGCUCGCCUUCGACCUGCUGAAUCGGGAUAGAGAAUGGUCGAGAAAGCGAGCACGGUCCCGAGGAAUCAAGGACUUCGAGGACAUGCACUACGAAUCGCCAAACAAGCAUCAUCUCCCUCCUCCAGGAUACCGACCUCGUUUCGCCGGAAAGACUUCCGACUUUACACUCUUUGCCCUUGUCCGAGCGCUCGACGUCCUGGUCAUCAAAACAUGGAUCCGCACACGAUCUUCACCACAUCACCCGGAGUACGUUGCAUCGCGGCUUUCCACCCUCAUCAAGAAGCUAGCGGACCCAAGCGUCUUCGCCACCUCCGCCGCCAUCAUAAUGUGGGCAUGGUUCUACUCCCCAGAACGCCUCCCCCGAGCCUACAACAAAUGGAUAUCCACCGCCGCCAACAUCGACCCGCGCCUCAUCACCGCCCUCCGCCGCUGCCGCGAAGGCGAGUUCAUCUACGGCCAAGAAACAGGCCAAGCACCACUCCUGACCAGCCUAUGCGAUGAGCUCGGCCUGCCCCAGAAAUGGGGCGACCCUUCCCAAACCAUCCCUAUCCCAUGCGAGCUUUACCAUUGUGGCGCCGGCCCAAACUGCGAAGUACAUGCCCUCUCCCGCUUCCUCAACGGCUUCAAAUUUUCCAUGGCCCUCUACUUGCCACUCCAGCUCCUCUCCAAGAUCCGCACACCAACCCUCCCAGCCUUCCGCAGCGCCUUCACCGCAGCAGCCCGUUCCUCCUCCUUCCUCGCCGCAUUUAUCUCCCUCUUCUACUACGCCGUCUGCCUUGCACGGACCCGCCUCGGCCCUCGACUCUUUUCACCCAAAACCAUCACACCACAAAUGUGGGACUCAGGUCUCUGCACCCUAGCAGGCUGUCUGGCCUGCGGCUGGUCGAUCCUGCUCGAGAAGGCGAGCAGGCGGCAGGAGAUUGCGUUCUUUGUAGCGCCCAAGGCGCUCUCGACGUUGUUGCCCAGGGUGUAUGAGAAGAGGUAUCAGCGGCGAGAGCAGGUUGUGUUUGCGGUGAGCGUGGCUGUUGUUCUCGAGGCUGCGAGCAAUAGGGGCGGUGAACCGGUAUUGAUUAGGGGCGUGCUGGGGAAGAUUCUUGGACGUGUUCUGAAGCAGUAG